AUGUCGGCCCUUUUAGGAGCAGCAUAUGAUUCGAGUGACGAUGAGAAUACUCCUGUGGAGCGUCCUCCUCAGAGACAGUCCGCAGUGAACGCGGCGCCAGACGUAUCAACAGAGGUUUGGUCUUCAUCCGCAGACCAACGUGGUAGUCGAUCUAACGCUGCGCAGGAUGCGUCGCAAAUGCAAGUCAUGUUGGCGAACCCUUCGAGCAACGCACUCACCUAUAAUGUCACUUACGAUAAUCUCGCCCGUCCUGCCCAAGGACCAUCAAAUCCCUUCAAGUCUACGGCUGGCAAUGUCCUGAAGCGCAAGAAUGUGCUCACCGGAAAUGCAGAGGAGACGUCCAUGUCGGAAGCCGCCUUCAAGACGCAGCACAGGACAUACCAGAGUCUUGGCUACACCAAGGAUCCCUCGAUCAACGGAGCCUUUGUGGGCAAUCAGUCCGCGGUUGCAAAAUAUGGUGGCAAAGAUGUCGUCCAGAUGCGCUACUCCAAGGAAGAAAGUGCCGCGAUCCGAGCCAAGAGGCAGAAAAAGGGAGACAGCAGGAUAGUCGACGGCGAAGGCGCGUACCUUGGUCCCUGGGCCAAAUAUCAGAGCGACGAUGUGUCGUACGAGCAAGCCGAAGCCGCGGCGGAUCAAGAACUUGCGUCUGAUGAGGAAUGGGUGGAGGAGGGCAUUGUUCCCACGCCAUUGCCCGCGCCACCGAAGGAAGCUACCGGCUACGCGGACGACUUGAAUGGUGCCGAGACGACCGAGUUCCACGGAGCUUCAGAAUUCGAUUACCAAGGACGGACAUACAUGCACAUACCUCAGGAUCUGGACAUCGACCUGCGCAAAGAACCGGGCUCGAUACAGAAUUACGUGCCCAAGAAGCUUAUCCACGUCUACAAGUACCACACGAAACCUAUCACUUCGCUGCGAUUCAUUCCCAGAUCCUCGCACCUGCUGUUGUCCGCCUCUGCAGACGCGAAACUCGCACUGUGGGAUGCUCAUCAUGACCGGACGCUCCUCCGCACGUUUUCAGGCCACAAUAAGGCAAUUACAGACACCGAUUUCCAUCCCACAGGACGGUCAUUCUUGUCGGCGUCGUAUGACCGGCAGAUGAAACUUUGGGAUACCGAGACCGGAAAAUGCAUAUCUCGGUUCACCACAGGCAAAACGCCACAUACAUUGCGUUUCCACCCAGAAGGUAACGAGUUCAUCGCCGGCAUGUCCGACAAGAAGAUUGUGCAAUUCGACACCCGCUCAGGCGAACUGACGCAGGAAUACGACCACCAUCUCGGCCCCAUCAACACCCUCACAUUUGUCGACGAGGGACGAAGGUUCAUCUCCACUUCCGACGACAAAUCCCUUCGUGCUUGGGAGUACGGCAUUCCAGUACCCAUCAAGUUCAUUGCGGAUCCCUCCAUGUACGCACUGGUCCGCGCCGCACCGCACCCGUCUGGGAAAUACGUCGCGUUCCAGUCUGCGGACAACCAGAUCGUGGUGUACGCCGCGGGCGACAAGUUCCGCCAGAACCGCAAGAAGGGGUUCAGAGGGAUGAACACCAGCGGCUAUGCGAUCGAUGUGGCCAUAUCUCCGGACGGCGGAAUCAUUUCAAGCGGUGAUUCGGGCGGGUUUGUGUGUUUCUGGGACUGGAAGACGGGAAAGAUGUGGCACAAGAUCCAAGCCGGAGGGGAAGGGCUAGGCGCAGUCACAUGCGUGGCCUGGCAUCAGCAGGAGAGUAGCAAAGUCGCGACCGGCGGACUGGACGGAAUGAUCAGAUACUGGGAUUGA